UCGUACAGGGCAACUGUAAGACCUUAGAAGUUAGAACCCACGCCCCUCCACCCGGUGGAAAAAAAAAAAAGGAAAAGAAAAGCGAAGAUCACAGUGGCAGUGCAACAGAGUCAGGACGCCAACUUGUGGACUAUAAAAUGCAAGAAAGAGUUAAGCAACUGGAUCCGCACCCCAUUGUCUUCUUCUCCUUAAAAAGAGUCAAAAGCUUUAAAAAUCCCACCGGUCACCUGCCUUCAUCUCCCUCUCCCACUGCGCCAUCAGACUUCAAUGGAGGGUUUGCUGGGUCUUCUCAGAGUUCACGUUCACAGAGGUGUGAACCUCGCUAUCAGAGAUAUGCGAAGCAGUGAUCCCUAUGUCGUCAUCAAAAUGGGCAAACAGAAACUCAAGACGCGUGUAGUGAAGAAGAAUCUUAAUCCUCUCUGGAAUGAUGAUUUAACUCUUUCCAUUACAGAACCCAUUCUUCCAGUUAAGCUUGCGGUGUAUGACAAAGACACCUUCAGUCGGGAUGAUAAAAUGGGCGAUGUCGAGCUUGACAUCGGGCCGAUUUUAGAAGCUGUGAAAAUGGACUUGCAUGACCUCCCAAGUGGAACAAUCAUCACGAAAAUUCAAGCAAACAGGCAGAACUGCUUUGCGGAGGAAAGUUGCAUCAUGUGGAUGGACAACCAGGUUGUCCAGAACAUGUUCUUGAGGCUGCGAAAUGUGGAGUGUGGUGAGGUUGAAGUACAGUUGCAGUGGAUCAAGAUCAAUGGUUCCAAGGGUGACAAAGGGUCUCUGCCCUAUAUCAAAUAAUUGUAAUUCACCUUUUGAGUAAUAUUAGUAGAUAGGAGGACUUCUAAUAGGCUCAUAGUAAUGCUUGGAAUUUAUCAGAACGAGAAAACUAUGUUUGCUUCAAAACCUAAAUGAAGUAAAUACUACUUUCCUACA